AUGUCGACUUGGCCGCUCAGUUCGUGGAGUACUUCCGGGUCGCUGUUGAUGGGCGAAGUGGCUUCAACUUCGGAGCCCAAGGAAGUAUCAGAACAAGAGCUCGCAGCCCGUGCUUUAUCACAGCUUUCAGCGUCUUACCGUCCAUAUGUUGCGUCCAUGCCCCCGAAAAAGAAUGUUAGAGCGCCAGCCCCUCGUAUGAACCCCUAUCCGCUGGUAUUUCCUAACCCGCAAAUGACUGGGGAUAACAUGCAACCUGUAACCCUUGCCCAGCAAGUGAUGAAUACCGGCGUACCACAACAACAGCAGCAACAACAACAGCAAGGUGGUGGCGGACGCCGGAAAGAAAAAGGAGGCGACUAUCACUGCCCUGUUGACAUGUGCGGCAAAUCCUUUCACACCUCCGAGAAACUGCAAAGUCACAUGGCUAUGCACAGCGCAGAUCGCCCACAUGAGUGCACUUUUUGUCACCGCCGUUUCCGUCGUGUGGAUCACCUGAAGAAACACGAGCGCAUUCACACGGGAGAGAAGCCGUUCGCCUGCGAGAUUUGUGGUCGUGCUUUCGCUCGUUCUGAUAAACUCUACACCCACAAAAAAGCUCAUCUCAGCGAGCAAAGUGGUCACACUCAAGUUCCCCUUCCCUCGAUGUCAAACUCGUUGGUUUUUGUACAACCCGUUUCACCGCGUGAU